AUGGGCGGCGUCCUUUCCUGGGCUUCCGCCACCUCCCCGCGCGCCGCGGCUCUUCCGCGGGGUGGCUUGGCCCGCCGCGCCGCCCACGCCCUUGGGCCGGAUAAAACGCUCUCGGAGGCAGCGAGGCGCUCAGAGCGCGCCCGGGCCGACGCUCGCAACAUGAGCCCGCGCCGCGUGGUCGCCCUGCUCGCCCUGCUGCUCGCCGGCAGCGCUUUGCUCAGUCAAGGUGUCCCCUUGACUGGGGAGCUGCGCUGCCAGUGCAUCAAAAAGAAGUUUGUGAAAAUCCCACAAAAGCUCGUUGCAUCGGUAAAAUUCAUCUAUGAGGGACCUCACUGUGCUGUUUCUGAAGUUAUAGGCACCUUGAAAAAUAAGAGCGUGGUCUGCUUGGAUCCCACAACAAAAUGGCUCAACAUGUUUCUUAAAAACGAGCUUCUGAAAAGCAGAAACACCAGAAGGCUGUGAAGGAAGCUUUGGAAAUGGGUGUGGAGCUGUAGCAGAAGAAACUAUGUUCUAGAAGUGAAUUCUGCUUUUGAGGAUCUUAAAAACAACUCUUCAAUUAAUGACCUGCUCCUUUUCACUCAUAUUUAUUACUGAAGUUCACUACCUCUGUAUAUGAUCAAUUCAGUAUGCUAAAUGCCACUGUUAUGUGCUCUGUGAAAUUAAUUAUUAUUAUUGUUGUUGCAUUUAUAUUCCUCAUAGAUGUACAAUGGGAUGCCGUGUGUGUGUGUUAUUGUUAAUAUAUUGUGAACCGUUCUGAGCAUUAUUUUUACAGUGGAAGAGUAAGAUAUAAAUACUUGAGGAGAGUAUUUACUUGAGGAGAGCGUUCCAGGGACCAUAGUAUUUUUCAGAGUCCUUAUGCCCACCUCUGAAGACUUAGACACUGCUACGAUUUCAGGAGGGAGACUCCAAAAUCUGACUUUCCCCCCGUCUACUCACAGGAGUUGUGGAAAGAGGUUGCAAAAGCAGCCUUGGAGGGCCUUGGAGAGAUUAGAAAGGGGGAGGGCAUUCCCAGGGGAGGGGAGGGGAGAGGCCAAGUUAUAAGAAAUCCUAUCGCUCCUCCAGCCCGAUCCUCAGCAGUGCGCCUCCUCUAGACGGGCUCAGAAAUACAUCUAAAGGAAAAAGAAAGAAAAGGAUUGAGAGGCAAAAAAUAUUUCUGUCACUCCUAUUGCCCUGCGUUGAAUAUUUUGAAGCCUCCCAAGUUCAGAGGCUUCCUUUUAAAGGGGAAUUGCGUCCUUAGUAAAUAAACGCCAAGGAUUUAUUUACUAAAUGCUUAGUAAAUAAAUGCAAUUCAACAAGAAGUUCUCCUGUGCAGUCCUAACUGAAACAAAUAGAAGAGGUUGGGUGGGUCCUGUUCUCUUCGCUGGGGCUUGUGCAGGAGAACUUCUUGAUCGAUUAUGCCCAAGAAAGCCUCUUGUCAAGAUCCAAGUAGAUAAAAGGAUUGAGUCAACGGUUAGGGCCAGGAAAGGCCCAUGAAGUGAGCAACUAGAGGCUGGAAUGCAGUAGGUAAAAGGCCCCAUUGACUAGGAAUAGGUAGAAGGCUAUACUCAUACUUCUGUGUAUUGCCUGAGCAGAAGUGUCCAGUGGUGAGGCUGCAAUUCAGAUAUCUGCUGCAUUUGGGAGAGUUCUCCUGUGCAAGUCUCAUUCAAAUGAAUGGGAGCUGCACAAGAGCACUGCCAUUUAGAAUUCACUGAUGUCAUUGUUGAAAACCUGGCGCAAGUUUAUAGAAUGAACAUAGACUGCUUGAUGGAUGUAUUAAAUUGGAAAGUUUACUUAACUGCUAUAUAUAGUCAAACCUUAAGAAGAGCAAUGCUCUAAAUCUACUCAGGUAUAUAUUUUUAUCUUCGUUGUAUGGCAUACUAUCAUGUUGUUUUUACAGAACAAGCAGUUUUGCUGAUGCUUUUGGAUUACAA